AUGAGACCUCAUUUCGCUAACAUUAUUUUUAUAGAGAAGCCGGAGCCAUCAUUCCUCCGUAAAUUGAGGAAUGAAUUCGGAGAUGGCAGCGACCACCACCGGAGCCGCCCAAAUCCACGCCCUGCCAAAUCUAAAUAUGCUGAAGACGAAGAUGACGGACCUACCUACGUGGACGAAGAUAGCAACGAGGUCAUCUCCAAGGAGAAGUAUCUAGAGAUGGUAGCUGGACCAAAGGGGGACACUGAAGGAAACGAAGCCACGAAGCCUGCCGCAGAUGAAGGAGCCGAGACAGAAAGUCGAACUCCCAAAUCAAAGCAGAAUAUGGCGGAGAUAGGUGCCUCGAAGAAGAGGAAGCAGGGGAAAGUCAUAGGAGGUGGCGAUGUUCCGGAAGAUCAAGAGACAUCUCAAGCUCAGUCCGAAGCGCCGAAGCGGAAGAAGAACACAAAGAAGAAGAUCAAGCUCUCGUUCGACGACGAGGAAUGA